AGUGCUCGGAGGGGGAUGAGGAUGCAAGGCGGAUGAUGAGCGAAAGGAAGUAGUAUACACGGCUCGCUUACAUCGGUUCGAAUGGGCCGACGGUGGUGUCAUCCUGGUGGUGGAGGCUACCCGCUGCCAUGGCGGUAUCGAGGACGUCGCUCAUCGAACAGAAGCAGAUCCAGUGGGCCAAGGAAAGAGAGGAAAUGUCGAGACUUACUAGAAAUCAUGCACCCCUGGAAAACUGCAGUACUACUCACACGUCGAUUCGCACAUACUCGAACGGCACGCGAAUCUCGCUUACGGAGAUGAAUGGCAAGCAGCAUCCGAGAUACGCGAGUACCAUAAGCUUGAGGAGCCUCGGAUCUGACAUCGGCAGCGUUUCCACCACCAGUCUCGUCAACCUCCAGGAGCAGCUAGAGCUCGAAAGGACGUUGCAACGUCGUAGCCCGAGUCUGCCUCCCAUCUACAAGCACGAGCACCGAUAUCGCGUCGGCGAGCAGCAGCACUGCCAGCGUCCCUCGAGGUCCACCCAACACACCACUCUGGAGAAACUGCCGCAGCAGCGCUGCUCGAGGGCCCCGGAGGAGCGCGAGGGUGAAACUUCCGGCUAUGCUAGCGACAGCCUCGAGGGUCCCAUUCAGAAGCAGCAACAAUCGCAGCAGCGGACCCUCGUGCUGCCCUGUCACGUAAAUUGCGGUAAUCCGGAAGUAGCAAUGGGCGAGAAGACCUGGCAGAAUCCGUACCAGAGCGACGAGAACUCGCUGCCGUCGUCGAGAAGACUGGCGAGCCUCCGGAUCGGCGAGUUUAACCGGCAGCGCUGGGGUGGCGUCUGGGGCCAGGAGACGUCCAAGGAUCUGCCAGCACCUUCCUGGCUCGAGCGCGGCUUGUCGCGUCUCGAUCAUAACUCCCAGGUUUUAGUGAUAAAUCAUGAUAGUGCAAGUAGCCCGGACAGCUCGACUACUGGAUCUCUCGGCUCCGACAUAAAUAAAACGUAUCUGAGGGGUCAAAAUCUGCCGAUCGACGCCAACAUCCUGCAAGAACGAGAAAUAAAGCGUCAAAAGGCUUUGGAAUUGCAAACGGCGAUAAAGCAGCAGCUCGAGGAGCGAGAAAAACAGAGACGGGAAGAUAAAGAGAAAAAGCUCAAGGACGAACGGGCCGAAGAGGAGAGAAUCAGACGAGAGAGAGAUCUUGAAAAGCAAAGAUUCGAGGAUGAGCAGCGCAAGCAACGCGAGCGCGAGGCCGCCAAGCUGAAGAAGACCAGGGCGCUGCAAGAGAUCCUCGAGGCGGCCGAGCGCAAGGCGAAAGAGGAGAAAUACCAACGUCGACGUCACGGCGACUCGUCGCCUCCCGGCACCGAGGCCAACAAUUCAGCCGGCGGUGAGGCCUCGAGGUCGACACUGCCGCAACAGAUCGACAAGGAAGCGAAGGAAACGCAUAAUCGACGGGAGCUCAACGCCUCGAUUGACUCACACGAGAGCUGUCGAGAACCGGGUGAAGCUUUGCAACUGCCAGUAAGCCAAGACGUGGCCAUCGUCCUGAGCGGGCGCAUAGAAGACCCGGAGCUGCUGGAUGGGAAGUCACCCCUGAGGCUGGUCAACCUCGUGGUGAGACCCUCGCCGCGCACGAGGCUCGAGGCGGACCUUGGCAGUGGCGACCUCGGUGCUCUCCUCGACGGUCUCGGAAGUUCCUUGAUCCUGCAAGCGACCCGGAGGACCUCGCCCCUCCUCGUGGGCAACCGACUCCUCACCCCGAGCAAGUACAGGAUACCGAGUGGCCGCGACUGCAGCACACAGACCGACUGCGAGGAUGAGAAUGUCACGGAUUUUGCGGAGAAGGUUCGAGCGAAGGAGGGAAAGGAGCGCAAAGAUGCUAGCAAUAUCACACGCAAGGAGGUUGAAAAAUCGAUGAGUACGGGGCCGAGUGACGAAUCUACGAUAAAGACGCUGUUACGCAACAAGUCCCAGGUGCGCAUGAGCCUCGAGUCCCGGCCGCGAUGGAACGCUAAUCGUCCAGGUACCCGAUAUCGCACCCAAAGCGAGAAAGAUCCGCAUUACCAGAGGCGAAUGAGGAUGAGAAGAAGGCUGGCAGAGACGAGCGAUGAAGGUUCUAGUGAUUUUCGAAGAUCGCCGUCUCCCAACAGGCGCAAAUAUAACAUCGGGAAGGCAAAGUUGCGAAAUUCCGUGAGGCACAAGGUCAAGAUCGACAAUUACGAUGCUAAUCUGUCGAUGGAGAGCCUGAGCUCGUUGGUGCCGCUGCACACUGACAAAAAUGGACGAAUCCACAUUGGGGAGAAUGGCGAAAGUGAGGAUAUUUGGUGCAACGGAGAUAUUUUAUCUCACCUUACGUCGUUGAGGAACGGUCUAAUAAUAAAGAAGAGAGAAUGGGAUCUUCAGGAGUGCCCGAUUUCACCGAUAACCGAACUCUACUGA